AGACACACACACACACACACACACACGGAGAGAGAGGGAGGCAGAGGCUGCUGCGAAAGAAGCUCAGCGUUUGCGCGCUGCUGCGAACUCUUUCUGCAGCCUUGGGGGACGAGCGCUCUCUCUCUCUCUCUUUCACACACACACACGCGCACACACGCACGCACACACUCCCGGGUUGGCGCUCUACUGCACAGGGCUGUUGCAAAGUUUCGCCUGCCGAGAUACGCCAGGAUUUUCCUGCUCCGCCGCUGCAACCUUGAACUUUGGCAACGUGGUUGAUAGUACCGUGGUGUAUCCCGCUAGCUGCUGUUCCAAAGCGCUUGGAAAUCCAGGAGAAAGGGGGAAAAAAAAACCGCGAGGAAGGAGGAAAAAAGAAAACCCGGACCCCCCCUUAACUCCCUGCAUUCCAUUCAGCCCCCACCCCCCCGCCCCCAUUCCGCCGCCUCCUGUCCCAAUUCACCAGCAGCCACUGCACAAACAGCAGCGAGAGUGAACCGCCGCCGCCGCCGCCGCUGAGAACAAGAGGGUUAAAAGUGUAGAUUGGAUUUCACCCCGGGAAAUCUAGCGCUCGGAGUGAACUUGAAUCUUUGGCUAUUUAAGGAGGACCGGGGCUGGUUGCGAAGUUGUGGCGAUUCAAAACAGACCUUGAUCCGGAUCCAUCUUUUCCUUUUGGAAGCGUUAGAUGAUUGUAAAAUGAAUAGAUGAAACCGUUGCGCUUUUGAUACUUUUUUUUCCUUUCGGCAGAAGUACUAUCUUAGAGCGAAGUCAUGAUGUAUUCUCCCAUCUGUCUCACUCAGGAUGAAUUUCACCCAUUCAUUGAGGCACUUCUUCCACAUGUCCGUGCAAUUGCCUAUACGUGGUUCAACCUUCAGGCUCGAAAACGCAAGUACUUUAAAAAACAUGAAAAGCGAAUGUCAAAAGAUGAAGAAAGAGCAGUCAAGGAUGAGUUACUUAGUGAAAAGCCAGAAAUUAAACAGAAGUGGGCAUCCAGGCUUCUCGCCAAAUUGCGCAAAGAUAUCCGCCAAGAAUAUCGAGAGGAUUUUGUGCUUACUGUUACUGGGAAGAAGCACCCAUGCUGUGUAUUAUCCAAUCCUGACCAGAAGGGCAAGAUUAGGAGAAUCGACUGUCUUAGGCAAGCAGACAAAGUCUGGCGCCUGGAUCUAGUCAUGGUGAUCCUUUUUAAAGGUAUCCCCCUGGAAAGUACCGAUGGAGAACGGCUCAUGAAAUCCCCCCAUUGCACAAAUCCAGCACUUUGCGUUCAACCACAUCACAUAACAGUAUCUGUCAAGGAGCUUGAUUUGUUUCUGGCAUACUAUGUGCAGGAUCAAGAUUCUGGACAAUCAGGAAGUCCAAGCCACAACGAUCCUGCCAAGAAUCCACCAGUGUAUCUUGAGGAUAGUUUUGUAAAAUCUGGAGUCUUUAAUGUAUCUGAACUUGUGCGAGUGUCUAGAACACCUAUAACCCAGGGAGCUGGAGUAAACUUCCCCAUUGGAGAACUUCCAGGUCAACCAUACUAUCAUGACAUGAACUCAAGUGUUAACUUACAACGAUCGCUAUCUUCUCCACCAACAAGUAAGAGACCCAAAACUAUAUCCAUAGAUGAGAAUAUGGAACCAAGUCCAACAGGAGAUUUUUAUCCUUCCCCAAAUUCACCAGCUGCUGGUAGUAGGACAUGGCAUGAAAGAGAUCAAGAUAUGUCUUCUCCUACAAUGAAGAAACCUGAAAAGCCUUUGUUUAGCACUACAUCUCCCCAGGAUUCUUCGCCAAGACUGACUUUCCAGCAUCAUCAUCCAGGAAUCCCAGGAGUUGCACACAGUGUCAUCUCAACUAGAACUCCACCUCCACCUUCACCAUUGCCAUUUCCACCACAAGCUAUUCUUCCUCCUGCCCCAUCUAGCUAUUUCUCUCACCCAACUAUCCGAUACCCUCCUCACCUGAAUCCUCAGGAUACUUUGAAGAAUUAUUCUUAUGACCCGUCCAGUCCACAAACCAGCCAGCCUAACAGCAGUGGUCAAGUAGUAGGGAAAAUGCCUGGCCAUUUUACUCCAGUUUUGGCACCCUCUCCCCAUCACAGUACGAUGAGACCUGUGACCCUGACUAUGACAGACACUAAGCCCAUCACUACAUCCACUGAAGGUGAGGCAUCUUCACCUACAGCAACCACCUAUACAGCUUCAGGUACCUCCCAAGCCAAUCGAUAUGUGGGAUUAAGUCCAAGAGACCCUUCCUUUCUACACCAGCAACAGCUGAGGAUAUGUGACUGGACCAUGAAUCAAAACGGCAGGCAUUUAUACCCCAGUGCCAAUGAGGAUACAUUGGGAAUUACUUGGCAAAGUCCUGGUACCUGGGCUAGCUUGGUCCCCUUUCAAGUAUCAAACAGGACAUCAAUUCUGCCCACAAAUGUCCAAAAUUAUGGUUUGAACAUAAUUGGAGAGCCUUUUCUUCAAGCAGAAACAAGCAACUGAGGGAGAUUGAAACUGAACAAAUACUAUAAAAGAAAGGAAGAUGGGACAAAAAGCAAAGAAGAAACUGAAGAAAGAAGAAACAUAAACCAGCAAUUGCAGCACUUACAAUCAUUAAUUCCCUUAAGAUUGAAACUGUAAUGGCAAAGCAAGAGCAACCACAAAAAGCGGGAUUGGGGGAGAGGAUCGAUGAUAUUUCACUGAUGCGUAGAAAGAUGCUCCUCCUGAGUAGCCUUUGUUCUAUGAAAUCCACUGGGAAAUAGAUGUUCUGUCUCUGACAAUAUAUUUUAACUGACUUUCUAGAUGCCUUAAUAUUUGCAUGAUAAGCUAGUUUAUUGGUUUAGUAUUCUUGUUGUUUACGCAAUACGCAUGGGAUCACUAUUCCUAGUUAGCUCUCAAAACAAAGGCUAGGAGGCAUCCACAGAACUGCAGGAGAAGGAAGGCCGGAAGCCAUUUUUUUUCCUCAGCAGUCUGGUUUCUAAAAGAUUUUUCAAAGAAAAAGAAACAAAUUCAGCUUUUAGUUGUCCACCCCAAUUUAUUUAACUUAGGUCCUUAACCCAGUCUUUUCUUAGUGUGUUAUCCAGUUUAAAUUUUUCAAAAGUCAUUUAAAUAAGCAGGCAUUCUAUAAAAUCAAUGCCUUACUUUGGGUAAAAGAAAGUGUUAUCUUCUCAAAUGACAGUUUAAAAAACCUGAGAAAGACACUAAAAUAAUUCCCCAUGCUAAUGAAAACAUUAGAGGCAAGUGCAAUUUAAAACCUGUAUCUAAAGGGGAUAAUUGUUAUAAGUCCUUUAGCCCUUGGACUCUAAAUUGAGGGGAUUAAAAGACAAGAUAAGUUUCAAAAGUAUUUCGAACAAAUGUAUUUCCCCCCCACUUUUGAAAGGGAGGGGUCAUUAAAAGGCAUUAACUAAAUCAAGACAAAUCAUUUACUUGAGAAAAGGAAAUUAAUUGAAACACAGCACUUAACGUUGAUUUAGCUUCUGCCUCCUUUGAGGUAUCUUAUUUAUUUAAAGUUACUGGUUGGAUCAAGAACCCAUAAAUAAUGGAAAAGGUUCUCUAGAACCUUCAUGACAGAGACUGAGAGAGGUAAAUCCAUGUCACAGGGGCUUAGCUUCUGGUUUACAAAUGGGAAUGAUGGGUUAUGGGAAGGGGAUGAAAUAUAUUUUUUAAAAAUGCACUCUUUAAAAAGACUAAUGACAGGGUGCUGAAAACUUGCAUGGUGCUCUCAGAAAUUAGCCUUGUUUGACAGAUUUCUCAUAUACACAAUAUUGUGCAUGGGCGGAUACGUUUUGCCUCUACGUCUCUAUAAAAGAAUAAUUAAAACUACUCUAUCCAGUAAUCCUAAUUUGCACGAAGUUAUAAUGUCCACAUAACGUGCCUUGCCUUGAAAUCUAAAAAGUGACAUCACUACACUUGUUUUGCUGCAUUUAUUAUCAUUUUAAAUCUGUACCAUUUUUAUGACAAAAUAUUUUGUACUCCAGAUGGGAAAACAACAACAACAAAAGUGACAUCAUGGAUUUUUUAAGCAGUUAUAACUUUAUCUCACAUUUAUAAAGCAUAUCAUGGCUGUGUAUAGUUGCCGCUUAAAAAUUGUAAUCGACCAGCAAUAUUUUCAGUAUUUUGGUGUUUUUUCUAUUAAUCUUUCAUGUUUUUUCAUCUUCCAAUUAAUAUUGGGGGGAGGGGAUUCAAAUUUAUACAACUUAUGCAAUACCAAGUUUUGCCUAUGUAGGUAGUGCUUUUAGCUGUAUUGGUUAUUAUAGGUAAGUACACAGAUUUAAAAGACAAAAGAUUAAUGUAUGCUUUUUUGUUUGUUUGUUUGUUUGUUUGUUUUAAUUGACCAAAGUGGGUACUGCUAUUUUUGCAGUGUGAUGAGGUCCUUUUUGUGUACUAAGAGAUGGACAGGGGAUUUUUUUUUUAAACUACGUACAUAUAUCUAUAUAUUCUGGGAUGGGUGGGGAUGAUUUUUAACACUUGACAGUGUAGCUGUGAAGGCUGGGUGAAGGCUACAAAGCAACUCUUCUUCCUACUGUGAUUUAAAAACAAAAAAAAUGGUGUUUUCUUUUAAACUUUCCACCUGGGGUGCAAGCUGAAAUCAUUUCUGGUUUGAAAACAGGCAUAGUGAUAAUGAAAAAUAAAUAAUAAUGGAUUUUAUCUGAGGCAGACCUGAUUUGAGAAAAAAAAAAUCUACUUUUUUUAAAAAAAGAAAGUCUCAAGACCCACAGAGAUCAAAAACCCUGUAAAAUUUUGCAAGUUAUACAUCCGUCAUAUAAAAGCCUAGUUUGAGAUUUUAAAAAUCACAUAGCAUAUACUGCCAAAACUGUACAUGCUAUGAGACAAAAGAUCAUCUAAAGAUGCUAACUGUAUAUUAAGUAUUAAAUUGGAUUCAGUAUUUGUUUUCUGUGAGUGGAGGCAUUUCCAGUGGGAAUUCCAUGAUAUCUUCUCCUUUGUCCUUUUACACGAGAUUCUGAUUUCCUUUUCAGCAUUCCCCAGCAUCAAUGCUACUAUAUUUCAGUACAAAUCGCCAAGCACAAAAAUGCACACAUACAAUGUGUUUGUGCACAACCUGAUUAGAUACUAAAAUUGGUGAUAUAGAAAACUAUCAACUCUGAUGGCUUAAUUAUGGUUUCUGAUGGUUUUCUUCUAUGGGAUCAGAGCCCCUUGCACAAAACUACCACUGUGAAAUUAUUAAUCUCCACACUAUUUCUAGUAGUGACAAGAAUGCAAGAGUAGUCAGUCUUAUUUUUAUGUUCUCACAAAGACUAGCUCUUUUCUACAUAACUAGUUGUAAAACUUAGAUUGGGUAAAAAUGAAAAUGAUUUAGCCUUACAAUCAUUUUUUUUUUAAAAUAACGCUUUAUGCAGACAUGGUGUUGAGAGAAUGCCCAUCAGUUGUAUUUUGCACCAGCAGUGAAAGAAAAUCAACCAACCAACAUAAUCCCAUAUUGUCUCCAGGAUAGAAAUGAAUGUAACUACAUAUCUAAUGUUAGUAUUCAUAACUGGCAUAGAUGUAGGUAUUUUGUCCUUGGAGUCUACUGAAAUACAAAAUAAAACCCAAGGAAAUAUUCAGUUUGUGUGUUUACUAACACAUUUUUAUUUUCCUUUAGUUUCAGCAAACAUAAAUUGAUAGACAGUCCGUUCACUUUUAUAACCUUAUAAAGAAACAUUUUAAACAGUUUCUAAUCUGCCCUUUUCAAGCACCUAUACAAAAUGGGUGAAAAUUAAAAGAGUACAAUUUCCCUUCCAAUAAGUGUAGCAAUAUAAAAAGUAAAAUAAAAUUAUUUUGAAGAAGAGUAACCCAAAAUAUUGCCAUUAGAGCCAGAGGAACUACUACUAGGUACACUGUCCAAAUUCAUGGGAACUUUCACUUUUUUCAGAGCAGUAUUUCAAAAUGUUUCUCUCAACUAGAAAUAAGCAAUGUUUAGGGUUGCCAUAAAAUAAAUAAUAAAAAUAAUCCUGAUCUCCUGUUUUGGCCAUGGCCUUUGGUGCUAGGUGCAAUAUGUCAAUCAAUUUCCACCUGCAAUGCCACUGAAUUAGUUGUAUUUUAAUUGCAGCCUCCUUUAAAAUAGUGCUGACAAUUAUUGAUGCUGAAAGAGAAUCAGAUUCUCUUUCAGAUUUGAUCUGCACCAAUAAAUGCCUUUUUGAGAAAGUUGAUUUUGUAAAGUCUAAGGGCAGUUGUAAAACUGUAGGAUUGUUGGUAAGGUUUGUAUUUAUAGCUAAAGUAAGAAUAAAACCAACUAUAUGUUGGCUCUUUUUCUGAGCCCCUUUGUAAGUGAAUUAAUUCACUAAAUAUAUGGCCGUUAGGAAAAACAGAAAUGUAUAUACAAACAUUGAGAGUUGGUGGGCAUGUUCUUUUAGUUUGUCCCUUAAUGAGGGACAGUUUCAUUAAAAAUGGCAGGAGUGCAGCAGCCACAAUCCAGAAAUAAUUUAUUUCAUUGGAAAUACUGAAACCAAGCUGAAUUCAGAUUUUAAAGUGCAAUAGUAUAAUGCAGGGGUGUCAAACUCGCAAUGACACAUCGUCAACGUGAAAUAUCACAACUUUCCCACCCCCUUUGCUAAACUGGGGGUGGGAGUGGCCAGCGCAUGACACAUUUGGCCCGCGAGCCACGAGUUUGACACCCCUGGUAUAAUGGAUGACAGAGAACAUUAGCAAUUCAAUGUCAUCAUAAUCCUGACCUUAUGAAUACAUCAAUCAAAUGGAUGUAUUUUUUUUAAUAAAAGGAAAAUAUUUAUAAAAGGCUACCUUGCUAUUUUGGAUCCCCUUUCUUGACAUUGAAUUACUUGGUUCUUUGGGCCAUAAUUCUGACAAAAUUUCAGGAUAAUGCUCUCUGUAGGUUUUUUCUGCCUCUCUAAUCGAAAGAUCUGUCAUAUCCACAUCUUCUACACUUCUCUCAGAGCUGAGAAUUCCAGUGCAGAACGAAGUGUUACACACCCUCUAAAUCUAAUCUAAUCCCCCUCCUUGAUCAGGAAGUAUAUUCUGACAAAAUCAAGUCACCCCGUUCUAUGUGCACUGUUCUGCCUUUUUCAAUUGCUUUGCAGCCUUUGCCUCUUGGCAGUGUCACACUGAAGUGUUUUUCCCCCUAGAAUGACGUGAACAGUUGAGGCUCGACUAAGGAAAAAAAGGCAGUGAAGGAGACUGUACAUAGACAUGGCAAAAUAUUAAAUAUAGCAAUAUAGUUGUGUGUUCAGGUGGGCAGCUCCAUUUAUAAUAUGUGAAUGAACCUGUGAAGCUGCAAUGAAGAGAAGAACAGAGGAUCUUCUUAAUGGACCCACCUAGCGUGUAGACAGUAAUUUGUACACUGUAUAGUUUUGUUAAGAUUUUUUUUAAAGCACCCUCGUUUGUAAAGCUAAUUUUUAGCAAUUAUAAUGGAAAUGUAUGUCAUUUCCACUUCUAACGUAAACAAGAAUCUUCCUUGUUUGGAAACUGGACUUGGGUUAAAACUCUCCAGUUUCUUAAUUUAUGUAUUAAAACAAACAAAAAAAAAUCUGUCCGUGUUAUGAGAUAUUUCACUAUGCUUGAAAAGCAUAGGUGUACUGAUCCUUUUAAAAGAAAUUGUAAAUGGAGAAAAGUUAUAUUUUAUGAAGGUUAUUUUGUUGUAUUUAGUAUUGGAAAGUUGGGUUUUGGGAGCAUUUCAGAAUGUUGGAAGCACCACUGUCUUUUUUUAUUAGUAUAUAUGGCCUUUAGCAAAAAAUGUUGUGAUUGUUACAUGAUGGUAUUUAAGAGCAGGUUCACAGAGCAUCCAGGAGAGAAUUUCAGUGAAAGAAAAAUGAAAACAGUACUUAUGUCUCAUAUAGCAGUGUCCUCAGGGAGCAAAAAUUUGGAUUUGCAAUUAGGAGCUUCGUAAGGACUUACUGAAUGAGAUUGCACAAGGAUAUACCAAGCUUUGUCAACAGUGCGUGUCCUGUAUCUAAGUCAUUCUAAAUUUUGUAUACUAUGUGAGAUUGAAGUCUGAAUCCCACAUUUGAUGUACAGUAUUCACCCUUGAGAAAAGGAAAAAAAAAUGUCUACACCCGUGCUGGCAUUAAUGCCUCCAGCAUGACAUUGAUUCUAGUUUACAUGUUCCUGCCAAGGUCUUUUGUUAACAUUUGCCAGCUGCAUGCUUCCUAGGCUUUUAUUUUUUUAUUGGGUUUCUAUAAGAGAUGCUAAACAAAAAACAAUGCAGGCGAAUCAUGUUGAACAGAAAAAGCUCAAAAUUGAAUGUCCUACUCCAUGCGGAAGGAGCUGAAACCUGCCUCCUUCAUAUUUGCACUUUCUGAGAGUUCCCCUGUUUUUUUCUAUCUCCUCAAAAUGUUGUGGGUGUGUUGGAGCCCCACAGUCAGAGGAUAACACGGACCACUGGGUUUGCCCUUUGACCCAGCACAAUGACCCUUGCAUCAGCCAAACCUAUUGCCAUGACAACUCUUGUACUGUUUCCAUGCCACAGCUCUAUUGGUCACAUUUGUUAAUAGCAAAGGGGACAAAGCAGGAGACGGUCAAUUUAUACAUUUUUGUUGCAAUUUUUUUCCCUCAAUGGUUGUAAGUAGUUUUUUUAUAUAUAUAUAAUAAAAGGGUUCACUAGUUAUUACUCCUUAGGAUUAUCUGUGUGUUGCAAUUAAAAUGUAUGUUGACUUUGUGAAAGGGGCUUCAGUGGCACUCGCCACCCCCCGUGCUCAUUCAGGCCUCCGUUGCGUUUAGUGCUCAAAAUCUUUCCGGGAAGACCCGAAACAAACGCGGCAAGCAAAAAGCAACGGAAAAACAGCGAGAGCCAGUGCCACUGAAUCCAGUCUUUGUAUUACUGUAUUUUUGACAGAAUGGUUUGAAAACUGUGCUACAGGGACUGAUGUGGCAAAAUGUGUAUCUAUAUGCAGAAGGACUUUUUUAAAAAUAAAAAAAGAAGUAUGGCUUAUUAUGCAUUCUUCAUAGAGGGCAUUGAAGUUGCAUGGACUCGUGAGAAGUUGAUGCAAAAUGAGAGAGAGAAAGAGACAAAAAAAAAACCAGCAAAAAAUGUUUACCAAAAAGAAAAAAAAGUGAGAGAAAUUUUAAAAAAAUGACCA